CUCGCUGCGGCCCACGGCAGCCAACGACCCACGUAUCCGAUAGCCUGUUGGCUUUGAUGCCGCUGUGGCCGUCGAGUGUCAAGGACGCCCGAACUUGCGGGCUGGUAUAGAGUUUGUCAAUUGUCAGCGAAUCACUCUCUUCGUCAUGGAGAUCCAAGACUGAAGCGUGAUCGCUCAUACACUGGGUUCACCAUGCAUCUGGUUCCGGGAAUCGGACGUAUACUAGACUAGUUGCGGUGGUGUCUGGAUGGGCAUAGCUCCGAAACGGCACGAUCCGGUGCAAUAGAGGUUGGGCAUUUAGAGCAACCCCUAUGCCAUUCCCUCCUACUUAGAUACCAAGCCCAUGGGUAUAUCUCUUCACAACUCAAAGUACUCUCUUCGUAACCCUGCAACCAUCAACUCCUCCAUCACACCAUAAUCAGAGAGACAACCGUGCCCCUACGCCCAAAAAUGAAGUCCUCUUUGGGACUCUUCGCCGCCAGGCGACCGUGGGGUACCACGAUAGCCGUCAGAUCGGAUAAGCGCGCCUACGGAAAGCCGACAAAGCCAAGACAGUCCCUCGGCGCCGCCAACUCACCACACGCCGCGAUAAACGACACAACUCCCUUGACGUUGAAGCCAUCUCUGACGCCAACAAAGGCAAAGAGGAAGCCCGUCGAUGGGUUCCCGUUGUCCGGCAUGCCGACGGGCACGCUCUUGCGGUCUCUCCUCGUCACCACAAUCUCCUCCAACCGCUUCCUCCUCAUCCCCGCACUCAAAACCUUAUCUUUCCUCGCCAAGCCGGGGCGGACGAUCUUGUUCGACGUCGACCGCAACCCCGUCUUGCACAAAAUUUUGCGAAAGACGUUUUAUGACCAAUUUUGUACCGGCGAGACGCCGCAGGAGACCAAGGCGUGUGUGCAGAGUCUCAAGGACUUGGGGUUCAGGGGUGUGAUUCUCACGUAUGCUAAAGAGACUGUGUUUGAUCACUUGACGCAGUCUUCUGUUGAGCAUGGAAAGCUUGUUGGUGCGUCGGUGGAUGGGUUUGAUGAGGAUAUUGAGUCGUGGAAGAAGGGUACCCUUGAGACUGCUGCGCAGAUUGAGGAGGGUGAUUAUCUCGCCAUCAAACUAACUGGUGCCGGCCGUGCCGUGACCACCUCAUUCGCAAACAACGAGCUGCCGCCACAGCAAAUGCAAGAUGCCUUGACCGAGAUUGCGACGAUGUGCAAGCAGCGCGGUAUCAAGAUUAUUGUCGACGCCGAAUCAACUCACUUCCAGAAGACCAUCGAUAGAGUGACACUCGAACUCAUGCGUCGCUUCAAUACUGAUGGAGUUGCGUCCAUCUACAACACUUACCAGGCCUACCUCAAGCACACCCCCGAUAACAUCACGAAUCACCUAACCGAAGCUGUCAAGGACGGAUUCACCCUUGGGCUCAAGCUGGUUAGGGGGGCCUACAUCCUCUCUGACAACAGGUCAAUGAUCCACGACACAAAGAAAGAUACCGAUCACGCGUACAACUACAUUUCUCAAGGGGCUGUAAAGCGUAGCAUUGGCGAGUUCGGUACAUCAAAGGUCUUCCCGUCCGUCGAUCUUUUCCUGGCUAGUCAUAACAAGGAGAGCCUCUUCGCCUCCUUGAAGCUGCACCAAGACCGUGUCAAAUACGGUAUGCCCACCGUUCCGAUAUCGUUCGGCCAGCUCCACGGCAUGUCGGACCAAGUCAGCUUCUCGUUGCUGCAGGCGAAGAACGAAGGUGUGAAGAGCCCUGCUGUCUACAAGUGCUCUACUUGGGGCACCAUGAGUGAAUGCUUGGCGUACUUGCUGCGCAGGGCUGUGGAGAAUCGUGAUGCGGUCUUGAGGACGACUGAUGAGCAUACUGCCGUGAAGAGCGAAUGUUGGAGACGGAUGAAGUCGGUGUUUGCGGUUUGAUAUAGAUUGGAGAUUGAUGUAUCUACUGGCCGAAAAAGUGGAUUUGUAAGGUGGUUCAGGCCGUUGGAUGACCUUUUCACUGCUUCCACUCAACUUAAGAAUCGUGUGCUGCGCCCAGCAAUUUCCUCCUUCCAUGUACAUACGCAUUUCAAUACCAUAUUAUCGAGC